AUGAAUGUUCCUUUAGCUUAUGACGCGAAGACUAAACAGUUGUCCUUACCAAAAGAGGCCGAAAGAGUUGUUCCUCUUGUCAAACUAGAAGUAGACCAAUUGAAUACCUUGGUGCAGGAACUCAUAGCCAACGGAAGUGAUGUACCACCACCACCAACACCUGAAAACUUUAAUAAAGAUAUGAGUAAAAUGAUCAAGAAAUUAUACGAAGGUGGUGUUCAGGCGUUCAAGCAAGGAAAGUACGAAGAAUCGGCCAAACAAUUUAAUAUUGGUGUAGCAAUGAUUGCCAGAAGAACAAAGUUCGAAUCUUUCCAAGGUACUUUACAGGAAUUGGGAUUAUUUUUAAUGAGUAGAGCUGAUGCGUACUUGAAGACCAAAAAUUAUUUGGGCGCUUUCAACGAUGCCGAUAUGCUUAUUGGUAUGAUGAUGGUGACGCCUGACAACUUUUUGAGACGUGGAGUUGCAAAUUAUUUAUUAGGAAACUACGAGGAUGCUAGGGCGGAUUACCAGAGAGGUUUGUCAUUUGACCCGGACAACCAGAGAUUAACUACUGAGUUGGAAAUCGUGUUGGAUAAAAUUCUCGAGGAGAACGGAGAUUAUCUUUAG